CCGCUGCUGCUGGCCUGCGUCUCUCGCGGUGCGGUGCGGUGUACGACGACGACGGUGAAGGGUACUGCGAGUUGAAGACACGUCCGUGGCUGGCUGGCUGGUUGGCUAGGCGGGCGUAGGCGAGGUUCCGUGACGGCCGUUCGGUGGCGCAGCAGAAAUUCCCCGGCACGGCUCGCGCGGGUUGGUCGACGCGGCGUGGUGUGCGUGCGUGCGCCUUCCGUCUCCCUCCCGUGUGUGUUUAUAUGUGUGUGUGCGUCGCUCGCGCGGCGUAUACGUGUGUAUGUACGCUCGGCCGCGCGCGUACGUAUCUGCCCCGAGAGAGUCCGUCCGCGCCUCGACUUGCUGACAUGGCGUCCUAGUGCUGCACACGGGCCAAGUUGUGCACGUCCUUACGCGCGCGCGCCACGGAAAGCGGAUCGUCGCGCCUCCUCUUUUUCACCCCGUGUCGUCGUCGUCGUCGUCGUCGCCAUCCUCGUCUUCAACAGCGAGGAUGCCAAGAUCACGAGUAAGACGGGCACGAUAAUUCUUGGCCGAUGAGGAGCAGAGCAGCGCGAGGGCGAGUAGUAGAAGGAGCAGCAGUACGAGCAAGAGCGAGUGGCUUCAUCGUCGUAGAAGGUGGUGGCGGUGUGGAGAAACAGAAGAAGGAACGAGGACGAAGUGGCGGCGGCAGCAGUGGCAACGGCGGCAAAGCGGCGACAAACAGCCAGGUCCCCCCAUGUUAGCGGACAUCAACGGCAACCUGGCGGAUCUGAGAAGCGAAGCGAUGGCGUCGCAGAGAUUUUGUCUGCGUUGGAACAACCACCAGAGCAAUUUGCUCUCCGUCUUCGACCAGCUGUUGCACGACGAGUCGUUCGUCGAUGUUACGCUGGCCGUUGAGGGCCAGCUACUCAGGGCCCAUAAGAUGGUGCUGUCGGCGUGUAGCCCCUACUUUCAGGCCCUGUUCGUUGGACACCCCGACAAGCACCCGAUAGUCAUUCUCAAGGAUGUUCCAUAUGUGGAUAUGCGCAGCCUCUUGGAUUUCAUGUACCGCGGUGAAGUGAGCGUCGAUCAAGAUCGACUGACCGCUUUCCUGCGGGUCGCCGAAUCCCUGAGGAUAAAGGGCCUGACUGAGGUGAACGAGGACAAGUGCGAUUUGCCAAGCAUCACGUCCUCUCUGUUGGGCGGCAGCCAGAACGCGGUGGCACCACCGCCUCCCAGUCUCCAUCGGAUCAACCAAAUCGGUCCGCAUCAUCAUCAUCAUGUCGCGCAGAAGAGGUUCCAUCAAAUGUCCAGCCAUCCGUUGCUUGGUUCGGCGCUCACGGCGCCCAAGAGAAAACGUGGUAGACCUAGGAAGUUGAGCGGUUCGUCGGACACGCCAAUCGGCGAAGUUAGCGGUCAGGACUUGCAGUCCUGCUCUGGCGCUGAUCUAGUCCAGGGCUCGCCCGAGAUGAUGGAAAUGAAGAUGGGACUGGACUUUCAGAGCGAGGUUAGCGGCAACGGCAACGUGAGAAGCGCCGGUGCCUCUUCCAACAAUAACGUUGGCGCCAAUUCUGCGACGUCCGCCAAUAAUCCCACCGCCACGGCCUCUUCGGGGUCGUCGUCGUCGAGGAGAGACGAGCCUACGGAGAACGGUACCGAUACACCGGAGCCGCCAGUCACGCGGGUCAAACGAGAACCGGAACCGACGCCCAGCACCUCGGCGCAAGCCUCAGAUGAGACAUUCGCGCGGCCGCACAGUAGGCAAGGGAGUGAGGGUUUCAAGCAAGAAUUGGAGGAGACGUCGAGCGGCGGUGGUGAUAGCGGCGAGACGUCGACUCAUAUCCGCAUCAACUUCGAGCGAUGCUUUCGCAAGGAGUUCAGCACGUCGACGCUGCAGGGUAAGGCCGCGUCGACCGCCGUCGCGAUGGGCGACGAUCAGCAGCAACAGUCGGACACCGAGAUGGAAACGAAGGCGAUGUCGAAGGACAGCAUAAGCAGUGCCAUAUUUAGCGCGAUGGCCAGCGAGGCGGAGAUCAGUCAGAGCGACUUCGAGGGCUCGUUUAAGGCCGAGAACGAGCGCACGGAGGGCUCGGUGCGGGACUUCUGCGUGAAGGAGGGCGACGUUUAUCGGUGCACCGUGUGCCAUCGCACCUACACACACAUCAGCAACUUCUGCCGGCACUACGUCACCUCGCACAAGCCUAACGUCAAGUACUACCCCUGCCCGGUCUGCUACAAAGAAUUCACCAGGAAGGACAACAUGGUCGCCCACGUCAAGAUCAUACAUAGUCUUAAGCCGCACAUGAGUCUCAGCACCAAUAGUGGCAACAGCAAUAAUAGCAGCAGUAUGGGUCAGCAGCGGUAGACCAUCGCUGGCUGGACGCCCUCUCGUCCUGCCUCCUCUCUCGGACCGCGUUUCUUGUACCUCGCGCAUCAUUCCAUGAUGCCGGAAAUGUUGUAAAUCUAUGUAUACGUGAUAUAUGAUAUCAGAUAGAUUUUCAAGAGUACGUGACACCAAGAUUUUCUACGUUACCGAGAAACUUUGAUACCGGUGAUUAACGGAUAGAAAGGACGAAGGUCUUAGAAUUGAUGGUGUCAUUAAUUAUGGUAUCAAGGAAUUAUAGGUAGGAAAAAAAUGCCUGAUUCAUGACGGAUGAAUGUCACAGGCAGGUUUCGCGGGCCUGAUGCGUUUGCUAACGAGAGACAGUCGAGGAACGUGAAGAUGAGGGAGGAGGAAGGAGUUAGAGGAGCCCGAGAAAAACACGAGAGGGGGCCAGUAAACGCCUCGAACGAAGUCAGUGCGCUCCUACGGCGGAGCGGAAGGACGGUGGUAGAUAGAUAGACACGAGUAAGCGAGUAAACAAGUAGGUAGGCAAGUGGCUGAUCUUAUGGAAAUGGCUGUAUUGAAACGGCCAGGAAGUGGGGGUGGGUACGCGGAGAACAGGUGGGUGUGCAAGAUUCAAAGCUAUGAACGUCAUCGUCGCACACGAUUCUUAAUUUUCGCGCGAGCGUUCUCUAGUAUUUCCGGUGUAUGCGAAUUAAUCAUUUGGCCGUGUUUAAACGUCUCGAAUUUGUAGGCUGAACAUCUUGCGAAAAGUACGCGUUUCGCCGUUCGGAUGUUACGCGACGUGCAUGUUGCAUGAGGCUAGCUCAGUAUCUUGAUACCAAAUCUAUGCCUUGGAAGAAGAGUCGUAUAUUCAGAUAUCAAACACACCUUGCAGUACUUUUCUACUUCUAAGUCGCAGAAUUUUUUUUUUUAAGAAACACUUAAGAGACACGCGAAAUCGCUCAAAUGAUUAAUGAAGCUGAUCUGUCGGGUUGCAUCGACGUUGCGUAAUCCGCGAUCGCAAAGCGCGGGUCUGACCAAGUCCAGUACACAUUAUGACGAAUCAAGCAAUUACUAAAAUAACCUCUAUGCGAUACUUGAAUGUAUCAGCGUACCGUCGAAUCUUCGACGGUGCUCUUUAGUGCCCUGUUAGCAAAACGAAGAUCCCGGGCAGCUUUCACUGCAUGCAACUCGAGCGAUCGCUGCCCUGAAUUUUAUCCAUAUUCCUGGCCCUGGUUCUGAUCCUGAUCCUAGUGUUAGUCCUAGUUAUCUUUAUCAAUCUCCGUGCCUUCGAGGAUCCACAAUGCGCACGCUUCGGCAUUUACGCAACGUCCAUCUUCUUGCGAAAGAUCGAGCUUCAACAGUGCCGGAAACUUCAGGAACGAUUCGCGCGCGCGUAACAAGCAACGGGCAUUAAAGUUACAAAAUGAACGAGCUUUACCGCGUUUGCCCCGAAGAAAAGGGGCGAGGCGGAUGUAAAAACGGGAGACGGAAGAACGUAGAGGCUUUUGUAUCGCAUCGUAAACAAAGAGUUUAUAUAAAUCUGAUGCGUUGUCUCAACGCGGUUCAGCGUCGUACAAAGGAUGAUCAGUUAUAAGAAAAUAAACCGGUUGUUGCGUAGCAAAGCGGGGGGGGGGGCAUCGUGUAAAUCCAAAUCAACGCAGAGAGAAAGAAAGAGUAUAUUUACUAUUGCCUGACUAUAUUACGUUGCAGAAAGAAUCAAACAUGCCAGCUGACGCAGCUCGGCAAUACAUUUCUAUGAGGUGCGCGCGCGUGUUUUACGCAUAUCUUUUAUUCGUGUUCUUUAAACACGGACUUCACGCCUGGUAAAAAAAAAAGAAAGAAGAAACCGCAACUUUCAAUAUUUACAAAUAGAGUAUCUCGAAGUUAUCUUUUAAAGAAGACUCACUCGAGGUGAUUACGCUACGUAUAGCAAUAAAGAAGCUGAGCUCUUGCAGGUCGAAAUAGGAUGUUAAAAACACACCAAUUAUAUAUAGUAAUUUGUUAUGUAAUUAUUGAAUUAUUGAAACUUAAUUCAACUUGUAGGAGACUUGUCAUACUUUUGUCUUUAUAAUAGAAGAGGGCGUUAGUAAGACGGUGAACCAGGGUGAAACGUGCGCGCGCACGCGCGAUAUAAAUAAUAAGGAAACUAUGUAGACUGAGUAAAUGCAAUAUAUAUAUGUAUCGAUGACCGUUCGCCAUGUUGUUGUUGAGCCGUUUCGAUCGCGGAAAAGCCGCGAUGGCGGUAUUUUUUUUUUUUCUUGUUUAGGGGGGAGCGGCGAUAAAAUGGGGCGGAGGGACGGAACAGGGGAAGCGCGCAAUCUCGCGAAAGACUGCAGAGGGACGGUUUUAACGACACCAAAUACAAGAUAGUACUGACAUUGGAUAGACUGAAGGCACCUUAGUAAUAACUUAACGCCGCCGCCAUGCCGGACCGUCCUGUCCUGUUCGGCUGAGUCCAUUUCCGGAUGUCGGCGUGAACAUCCGGGACGCUAAGUGGAAAAUCUGGUGAACCGGGUGAUAACGCAACAACGGUUAUGUAUUCGCUCGUGAAACAUUCACAUUUAUCGCUUUGCUCGUCAUCGGAUCGUCACGCCCAUCAAAGCUAUUAUUAAUUUAUUCAUUGAACGUUUCCGUCUUUAAUAGCUUGUAUGAAUUUUAUACCGAGUACAAUAGAAGCUCCGAAUCAGCCACGUUUACUUUAUUUGAAAAAAUUUCAAGCUAACUCUACGUUUCGUCUUUAAACUACAUCCUCCGAAGUUCACCAAGUUUUUAAGCCUAGCCUCCCGAGCCUUGAAUAGUCAGUACCGAGUCCAUGUAAUUUUUACACAUAGUUAAAAAUCUAUAUAUAUAUAUAUAUAUAUACACACAUACAUAUAAAACUCUUAUCUGUUAAUUUUAUUCUUUGCGAUUUGUAGUUUUAUCUAGACAAUCGAAUGAGAGCUUUGUCAUCAACCGAGACGGGCCGCACGGUGGUACGGUAAUGGCGGUCAGAGGCUUAGUCGCGAGAAAAAAAAGCACUAAAAGUACGAGAUCGUAGCUUACUAUAUUUUGCACCUUACACUCCGUCGAGCGCCCUCCCUCCGUGAGAGGGGCGAGACGAUUUAUAUACAAAUUUUUCACUAGUUGGGCAUAGACGUUAGACGACUAGAGGCUACAUAAUAACUAUAAUUAUUAUUAUCACUACUACUAUUAAUCAGUUAUUGCAAAUAACGGAGAUCUUCGUUGUUACUUUAACGCGCGGUGGGGUUGAACGGGCCCCGGUCGACCAGUGUUGUACGUUCGUUAUUCAAGAGGUAUCUAGCGUUGCAAAGAUAUAACAAAAAAGUUGUAGUCGUAAGGGCCGGAUCGUCGUCGGGAGCAGUAACGGGUUCCGCGAUGUCACCUGGAAUAAGCGCUCUCGCUCACGUUUCGUCGAGGAAAGCCUUGUCGAGGUGUUUUAGGUUUUAAUGUUUUUCAAAUUUUUUUACAAGCUUCAAGUGAGUAAUCGACGAAUGUCGCAAAAAUUGGAAUGUCGCGUAGCAAUAAAAACGUUUUCGCGAUAUUAGAACGCUACCUCAAACACACGGAUACGGUUUGAAAGUUAGAACAUGAUCUUUUGAGGUGUUGGAGCAAAGUUAUCGAGAGCACUUGCUCCACGUUUAUUCACGGAACUCGCUAAGCUCGUGCCGCGAUCCGAGCGUACUUUUAAGCGAAUAGAGAGUUCUAUAAUACCAGUUAGGCAAAGGCAGCAAAGAUAGCGCAGUAGACAUAGGAGAACGAAAGGGACCUGUAAAAGAGACAGGGUGUUGGUUAGGUAGAUGAAACGGCGUGAGGAUUGUUACGAAAACGUUAAGAAAGAGAGAGAGAGAGAUAGCUGGUGGGCCGUGCCGUGCCGUGGAUUUUCGCGCACUCAGGUCAAUUAUCCGCAAUAUAUUUGAAACUUCGAUGGACCAAAGAGCUUCUUACCGACCCUUGUAGAUUAUUUAUCCCAAGCGAGAGAGGGACGGCAACGUCCCUGGAGAAAUCUUCCGCGAGCCUCAAAAAUGCCCAGGAUAUACUCGCGGUGCCAAUAAAAAAUGCAAAUCUUUGUCACAAUUUAUAUAUCGCGACGUUAAAUUAGAUGUUACGUAAUGUUAAAUUAGGCAAAAAUUUAUAGCAAAUUGAAGAGUGCUCAAUAUCCAAGAUAAUAAUUAACUAAUUAAUCGUGGCAAGGCAAGUUAAUUAUUGUACGUGAAUUAGGAAGGCGCAAAGUCUGCCGAGUCUACGUAUUUAAAAUAUGUUGUGCUUGUUAAAUUUAAAUAAUCUAAAAUAUUGUUAGACAUUAUGAAAUAUAAUUAUGUAAAGAUACAUGAAUGAAAACAUUAUAAAGAUUUAAGAAUUAAGAGUUUGUGUGAGCAGUCUUGUUAGAAUGUAUUUAUAAUAUUUCGAGAUUUUACACGUGUAAUCGCGAUCGAAAGUUUGGCAUCCGGUAUUCCUUGGGACGGCAGGAACUCGCGCCGUCAGGUCAAUUAUUAUCCGCAAUAUUCGAAACCUUAUUGGACCAAAGAGUGUCUAUAAACGGAUAGGAUCCCCGGGAGGACCCUUAAGGAAAAUCGCGCGAAGGGUGGGUGAAGGGGGGGGGAAAAACGGUCACGGCCUGGUUUCACGACGGGUUGUCACAAGCUCGUCCAACGUGUGUCCAGCGUGUGCGUAGGCGAAGGAUUCAGGGGGAACUGAGAUUUUCACGAAAAAACGGGGGGAAAACAAAAAAAGUGCAAAGAGGCAGCGGCUAGACAGCUUAUAUCGAUUUUUUUAGAAGGAGAGUAGGAGAGGCAGGCAAAUAAUAAUUAAAUACACUCACAUUUGAUAAUCACUGAGAGGCUAAGACUAACUCAAUUAAUUAAAGGGUGAGAAAGACGCGAAGGAUUAUCGAGAGGGAAAGGGUCACCGGGAAGAGGAAGCGCCUGCAGGUUUUCGCGACGUGAUCGACAAGUUUUUUUUUUUUUUUUUCGGAAAGCUUUCUUUUGGGACGUUGCAAUUUUCUCGAGUUCGAACGAGUUGAUUUUAACAGAUCGGAUUUAUUGUUGUUAUUGCCGUUUGUUGUUUUUUCUUUUUUUUCCUUUCUUUUGCGACGGGGAAUCUGCAGGGCCUCUUCGUCGGUGCGACUUCUGAAGGUUGCGAUUUUAUCAAUUUGUACAAUAAUAGCUUUUGAUUCACCCUAGUCGAUGUCUGCGUGAGAAGCGCGAAAAAGGGUGUGAGAACUGGAUCGCCAUGAUUUUAUUGUUCUCACAUUUUGUUAAUUUCUCUUCCGCGCUCUUUAGAAACUCUAAACGUAUACCAAAGGAUCAUGGAUUUACAUAUUUACAAUAUACACAUACACAUGGUAGCUUAUAACGAUUACAUAUACAUAUAUAUGUGUAUAUAAAAAUAUUAUUUAUCAUCGCUGAAGUUUUUCCCUUGAUGUCCCUUAUAACCCAUUAUAACAAUAGGAUGUUCGACAAAACCUUAGAAACGUCCUACAUACGUUCAGAAAAUUAUAUAUAGGUUGAAGUCGAUUUUUAGAAUAAGUUUAUAAAGUCUCUGUAGGUUUCAGAGAUUUUCUUGAGAAUCAUCACAUGUUUUUUUUUUUUUUACUUUUCACCUUUCUUUUAUACCGUCACAAAAUUUUACUCUUAUGACACGCAGGCCGGUGAGCAUAUCCCCGCAUUCGUUACAAACGUUAUCACAUCCUUUUGUGGCGAUCGGAGCAGCGGUUGCAGAAAGCACUCCGCGACAGCACGCGAUGAUUAGACGCGGAACGGCCGAUUCUCGGCCCGCUCUGAAGAUCCCUCGCCGACAUCUGAAGGCUCGUGAUCAGGAUAAAUCGCUGUUUAGGAAAGCACGGUGGAGAUGCAGCGACUGAUCUUGAGGCUCGUUGUUCAAAUUUAAAGGCGUUUAAAAGGGAGGAAAAAUUCGCUCACGUUCGUUGCCUUCUCGACGUUGUUGAACUUUUUUAGAAUUUAAGGUCGUUAGAAAGCGCUUUUAAUCGUUGCCAAUUGUAGGGAGGGGACAAUCGGGGGAGGAAAACGGGGGGGAGGGGAGCUUUUUUGCGAGGGUACAAAAAAAAAGAUAUAUACAUAUAUAUAAUAUAUACGACGUCAGGUCCCCGUAUAUUCGUACAAAAUUAGUGUUCAAAUUGUAAAAAGUGUUCAUAAGUCAAGGGUGAGGUGUCGCGUUGCGAGGGAUCGCUCGAGAUUCGCGCGAGAACGGCCGCUGUAUCUGCGACGUGUGCUACAUCGCUCGAGUUCCAUUGCCAAAAUUCCGUCUUUUCCUCGGAAUUUAUAAACGUAAGCCGUACGUGCUACUUGUAAUAAAUAAGCUCCGAGAAGACGUUCUGUGUACGAUGUUUCGGUAAUUGGAUUCCGAUCUGCGGAUUAGAUUUUGUUGAAUAUUUGUUAAAUUGUAUAUAUGUAUUUGAAAUUCUAUAGCGUCGUUAUUGUCGUUCAAAUUUUAUCGUUCAGAUUAUAUUGGAUUUUUCAUAUAUAAUUUAUUGAAUCGUGUAAAAGUUUAUCGUGCGCAAAAGGAACUUUUAUUAUAUUGUCGCGUGCCAAUCGUGCACGCAGAAGUCGAGAAGUGUGCUCCUGUGCGUUCUGCAACUGCCUGCCUUUUAUCUGCAUCUGGGGAGCGUAAGACCAUCGGUUUGGUUGCCGCGCUUUCCCUUCGACCGUAACAUUCUCACGCUCUCAUCGCGGGUGCGAUAGUCUCGCCGAUGGGGUUACACGUUCGCUUAGACCGUGUUUAAUUAACGGAUCUUGGAGAGAGACGUGGAAGAUGAGUAGGAGACAAGUGAGAGGGAGUCGUGAAAAAUUACGAUAUAGAGUAUAUAUAUCAUAAAUAUAUAUAUAUAUAUUAUAUUUAUGCGAGCGCGCGAACUCUCGCAAGGGGUGUCGCGCCGAGAUUUUUCUCGUCUCGUUUUGCGUUCGUCCCCUCGCGAAUGGGGGAGGGGGGAAGACCACCAGUCAAUACAUAUUGAUUAUUCUUGUAGAUUUCUCGCGCGACACGUUGCAGAGAUAAGCCCAUCAUCGCGAAAAAAAAGAAAGAAAGAAAGAGAGAGAGAGAGUCAGAGAAAAAGAAAGAGGAAGAUUAAUUUACGAGGCUUAAAAAGCAGACUGUACUAUCGAAUAGAUUUUAAUAUAAUAUAUAUAUUAAAUUAAAAAAUAUAUAUAUACAUACACAUCUAUAUAUAUAUUAAAGAAAAGAAUCAUAGUUUAUUAUCGCAAUUAAAUUACCCACGUACCAAUGUACACGUAUGUAGAGAACAAGAACGAAAGCGUGUGAGAAAGAGAGAGAGAGUCAAACAAAUGGUACAUAUAUAUUAUAUAUAUACAUACAUAUAUAUUAUUGCGAUUAUUAUUAUUAUUAUUAUUAUUAUUAUUAUUACGAUUAUCAUUAUUAUAUAUAUUAUAUAUAUAAACAGAAGUUAUAUCGAAUAUAUUUUAGCGCUAGUUGAUAAUACCUAUUAUAUAUAACGUCGUUGCAGUUUCGAGACGAUGCGUCAGAAAACGAGGGUAAAAAUAGAAAUAAAAGAAAAGAAACACAUGUAAAAGAGAGGUAGGGGGCGAUCGACGAUCGCGAGGAUCGUUACGAGAGCAAAAGGGAUCGUUCGACCUCCGAGAUUUUUGUAAAUGCAAUUAAAUGCGAAAACGCGCAACGCAAAUACGUUGAUUUAACAUGUGCUCUUCAUGCGGGAACCGAUGUUUUAAAUCGCGCGAGUAGUCCCCGGUUCGGUGCCUUUCUUAAGCGACAUAAAAUAACGACAAUGUUGAAAAAAAAGAAUAAAAAUAAAUAAAGGAAUGGAAAAGCGAGAGACAAAGAUUGUAGUGCGAGAAGCGAAUGACAAAAUAAAAGAAAAAAGGGAGUAAAGUAAAUUGUUAUCGCGCGCGCGUCCCUCUCCCUUCGUCGAAGGGACGGAUCGACGAUCGCAUUCUCAGUGCCAAAUAAUAAGGGAGAGAUUCGCUUUCCGUGAGGGCGAAAAUUUAAUAAGAGAAAAGGAGAAUAAGGUGAAGGAGAGAGGGGAGGGCGAAAAUUUUAUAGAAAAUUUUUCUAGAGCUGACGAGUCUUUUCUGACGCUGGGUAGACUUAGUAUAUUUUAUAUGCACUGAUUGUUCGACUAUGACUAUCAUUAAUAAAAAGAACGGUGUUCAAUAGAUUGUAAAUCGGAAGAUUUUUAAAUAUCUCGCCGAUCCACCGAAUAAUCCGUAUAAUCCACGUUAUACACGGUGUCUCGAAAGAAUAGUGGCGAUGAUAGAAACGUGAAACUUAAUUUCUGGAUGCCCGGGGAGAGUCCGCGAAAAAAAAAAAUUUGAAAUUCGUGCGUGCAGC